ACCUGAGCAAGUGGUCCACCGCCGCAAUGAUGUUUGGGAUUGAUCUCAACAUGAGUCCUCAACAAGAUGAUGCCUCAGAACCUGCAGAUCAACAGGAAGAACACAACAGUCAACAACGAUACAACAAUGAAGAACCAGUCAAUAAUGAAGCAACAGGGGAAGAAGCAAGUGGUGUAGAGGAACCAAUUCAUGAAGAAGCAAGUGGUGUAGAGGAAGCAAUUCAUGAGGAAGCAAGUGCUGUACAGAAACCAAUUCAUGGGGAACUCACAAAUGAGGAGAGAUAUGGUAUUUAUUUUGCACUCAUGGUGAUCAAGACCAAAAUGGACAAGUUCUGAAAAAAGACAAGGAGGUCAUUGCUAGCCUACUCGAUACAACCAUAAGAACUGUUGAGAGAAUAUGGGAAAGAGCUCCUAAACAGAUUGAAAAAGGGGAGAAAGUUGAUGUCUCAAAUCAAAAACCAGGUAGAGUUGGCCGCAAGCGGAAAGAUUUGGAUCUGUCGAGGGUGGUGACAAUCCCAUUGAACAGAAGGAGAACAUUGCGAGGUCUGUCAAAGGCAUUGGGUGUAAGCUGCACGACCUUACACUCAAGGUUCGAGUGGGGUCAUUUGAGGCGUCA